UAAAUCCAUGCAGCUUGAGCUUCUUCAUAUGUAAUUUACAUUUCUUAUUGUGACGCUGUCAGGUCGCAAUAAAUUUUUGGAUCUCUCACAAUAUUACGGAGUGAUUGUUAUGCAGAAAAUGUUUUGAAUCACUUGAAAUCUUUAUUUAAGAGGAUGUAUACAACGCGUUGUAACAUACGUGUCAUUUAAAUUCUUCCAUUGAAGUGUUGUACAUCUUCGUCAGGUGUACAAAAAAUAUUUGUACGUGUAUUGUUCUCUGGGCUUCGCAUAGAAAAAAGUAUUUAUAAACAGUGAAAAUGAGCUCGGGCUUCAUAUCAGAGGCCGAACUUGCCGAACAACGACGAAUUCGACAAGAAGAAUGGGAUCGUGUGCGAACUGCUGAUGAACCUUUAGAAGCUCCAGAUGAGCCUUAUGAUCCUAGAUCAUUAUAUGAGAGAUUACAGGAACAGAAGAAUAAAAGAGACAUGGAGUAUGAGGAAGCGCAUAAAUUAAAAAAUAUGAUCAGAUUAGACGAUGAUGAAGUCGAAUUUUUGGAUUUGGUGGAUAGAACUAAAAUUGAAGAGGAACGUAAAAAAAAUCUUGAGGAAGAAAAAGAAAUGCGUGAUUUUAAAGCUGCAGUUGCUUCGCUUCAAGAACAGAAUUUAAAUGAAAAGUUGAAACAAGAAUUGAAGAACCCACCCGUCAGUAGUAAAAAUGUUUGUGGAAGUAGCCGUUCUUCACAAUUAAAGCUGCCUGCAGGUGUAGUGUUAAAACGAUCUGACAAGCAAAACAAGGCGAAGCACUUAAAGGAAUUAAAAGAAAGUUGCCCUCAUCCGAUGAUACAGAUGAUACUCCAAAAAAGAAAGAACUGCAUGUAUCUAGCAAGCCAGUAACUGAUACUUCUAAUCUUGAGUCAGAUAAACAAAA